CGGAACAGUUACAGUGUCAGACACUUGUCCAAAGUGAAACAUGUUUUUGUGGAGUGUAGCGCAAAACAAUCAAAACGUGUAAAGACAUUUGACCCGUGCGUCCGUGCGAUGCGCAGUGAUCCACGCGUACCCGGGGACGCGCAGACAUGUCGAGGCUGCUCGGAUCCGUGAGGGGUUUGUACUCUGUGUUUUGUCCCACACGGAGGGGGACAGUCUGCUGCGUGUGCCCCGGGCUGAGGGUGCCUCCUGUCGGGCUCCCGGCUGUGCUGGCGGCCGGGAAGAAGGACCUGGUGGAGCUGCCCGUCCUGAACGAGGAGGAGCUGGAGGAGCAGUUUGUGAGGGGACACGGGCCCGGGGGACAGGCCACCAACAAGACCAGCAACUGUGUGGUCCUCAAGCACGUCCCCACCGGCAUCGUGGUCAAGUGUCAUCAGACUCGCUCCGUAGAUCUGAACCGUAAACGUGCUCGAGAGAUCUUGAGGGAGAAGCUAGAUGUGGCCCUCAAAGGAGAGCUCAGUGAGAUCUGUGUGAAGAAAAGAGAGUCUGAGCAGAAGAAACAGGACAAGAGGAGGAAGGUCAACCAGAGCCUGGAGAAGAAGAGGCUGUUCAAAGAGGCUCUGGCUGCAGGUGCCAAACCCACUGACAAAGACCCAUGAGCAAGGUGCCAGCUCAGAUGCUAAAAACAUGUACUCACUCAUUCAGUGUGCUGCAGGUGGCUCAUCACCCUCAUGGUUCCAUGGAAAUAAAAAGUUAAAAGCAUAA